UCGGAGCGUGGUAGUCAUAGUUUUAGUGUCACGGUCCCCCAACUCUUCAGUUUCGCCGGGCUCUGUUUUGCUUCUUGAAGGUUUCAAGGACAUUUUCUUUUCACAUUUCCUGGAGAAUGGAGGACCCUCUUUUCCGGCUGGAUUUGGGUUGGCCCAAGAAUUCAGAAUACUUCACUGGUGCAACAUUUUGUGUUGCAGUUGACUCCCUCAACGGGUUAGUUUACGUAGCCCAAAGAGGGGAUGACAUCCCCAAAGUCUUAGUGUUCUCAGAGGAUGGCUAUUUCCUACGGGCCUGGAAUUAUACCGUUGACACACCCCAUGGUAUGUUUGUCUCCGGCACACCAUAUGAACAGUCCGUCUGGAUCACAGACGUAGGAAGUGGACCCUAUGGCCAUACUGUUAAAAAAUAUAAUUCCUUGGGUGAUCUUGUUCAAGUCUUGGGGACCCCAGGCAAGAAGGGCACUGGCGUGAACCCGCUGCAGUUUGACAACCCCGCAGAAUUGUAUGUAGAUGACACGGGGGAGAUUUACAUUGUGGAUGGAGAUGGAGGACUGAACAACCGACUGGUCAAACUCUCCCAAGAUUUCAUGAUCCUCUGGCUGCGUGGAGAGAAUGGGACAGGCCCUGCCAAGUUCAACAUACCUCACAGCGUUACACUUGACGCAGUUGGUCGGGUGUGGGUUGCUGAUCGAGGAAAUAAAAGGCUCCAAGUAUUUGAUAAGGACACUGGAGAGUGGCUAGGAGCAUGGGACAACUGUUUCACGGAGGAGGGGCCUUCUGCUGUGAGGUUCACCCCAGAUGGGAAGUACUUGAUUGUGGCCCAGCUGAACCUCAGUAGGCUGUCAGUAUUGCUUGCCCCACCCUCCGGAAGCAUCGGGGACUGCUCUGUGGUCAGCACUAUCCAGCUGGCAGAUCAGGUUCUGCCACAUCUUUUGGAAGUCGACAGAAAGACUGGCGCUGUCUAUGUAGCAGAAAUUGGGGCAAAACAAAUACAAAAAUACGUCCCGUGGCACAGCCGCACCCCUGCCUUCGGUGCUUAGUGCUUCCGGCUGGGAGGAGCUUCAGGUAGCACUGGAGAGCCACAGGGCCAUUUUUACCUCGUCUUCUGCAAGAAAAGUGUGUUGCUGGGUCAUGAAGAGUCAUGUUUUCUUGUGGUUUUGGGACUUGGUUUUACAACUAAGUGUGUUUCUUUUUUGUGGCCCUGGGAUUUGAACUCAUCACUUCCUACAUGCUAGGCAGCUGCCCCAGCAGGGAGCUACAUCUUCACAGAAGCAGCUUUUAAAGGAAGAAAUGCAGUUCUAAAAUGGGGUCAUGACGGGGAACUGUGGUUGUAACCAAGCUACUUGCCUGCAUCGAUUAACUCUCUGGGUUCCUGGGUGACUUUUCGACUUCAUGAUGAGUGGAAACGACUAGUUGUUUUAACCCGUGCGCAUUAGACUGUGGGGGAGAUUGUGUUGGGGUGCGCUGCUGAGUUACUUGAUGCAUGCAUGCGGGUGUGUAUGUGGGGGGAUGGGGAAGAUUCAUGGAGCCUGCAGUCUGUGGCAGUCUGGGCCAAGAGAUAUGUGACAAAGAGGCAACAAUACCGUCCCGGUAGAGAAGGGCUGAGACGGACUUCCCGUGGAUUCCGAGGGAGAAAACAACAAAGGGUUUGGUCUUUUGGUACAAAAUGUUUAAUGUCACCCUUUACAAGCAAGACUGUCACAGCCAGCGUGUAAGCACUGUACUGAAAGGAAGAUUUGCAGGUGGGUGUUUUAGAGCUGGAGCUGGCACUAAGUCCCCUCCUCAGUGCCGCCCUUGCCACUGUACAGUGUGAACUCACGUCAUUACUAGCACUUGCCUACCUCGGAGACAUUUCAGGAGAAUUGGGAUCAUUUACAUGGGAGAGUGCCGGAUGCUUCGAGGUAUUACGGUGGAAAUGGUCUGCCCUUGCAGCCCACUCCUGCACUAUCUACCGAUGUCCUUCCUAUGCGGCUGCUGUGUUCUUUCCGUUGGUUCUGCUCCAUUCUGGGCUUUGAUGGAGCCCCCUCCUAUCAGGGUCUUCUGGUCGCCCACCCCUUCUGCUCCUGUCAGUGCCCCUCCCUGUCCCAGAGCUUUACUUUGACUUGUACAGCACUUUACACCCCACCCACUCCAGCUGAGGGGCCUGGACCUACCCGUCCAGGAGUGAUGGCCUGUGCAGUGUGGGUGGAAGAUGAGCCUCCAGCAGCAGAGUCCUGGAUUCCAAGGUUGUUAAUGUGUCCCUACCACUCACCAGGAAGUGACUGAGAAAAGCCACCUUAGCUUCCUCUUCAGUGAUGGGAGCUUCAAUUCCCUCAGUCACUGAUGCUGCACUCACUGAUGCUGCAUUCACUGAUGCUGCACUCACUGAUGCUGCAUUCACUGAUGCUGCACUCACUGAUGCUGCACUAACUGAUGCAUUAACUGAUGCUGCAUUCGCUGAUGCUGCACUAACUGAUGCAUUCGCUGAUGCUGCACUAACUGAUGCAUUCACUGGUGCUGCACUCACUGAUGCUGCACUCACUGAUGCUGCACUCACUGAUGCUGCACUAACUGAUGCAUUCACUGGUGCUGCACUCACUGAUGCUGCAUUCACUGAUACUGCACUCACUGAUGCUGCAUUCACUGAUA